CGCAAUGGCGUCUACCCUACGAAUGCCCGCGGGCACAUCCACUCGGAUUACACCAUCUGGUUCCUUCGUCCAAUGUCGGGCCUUCUCCGAGACCUCCCAGCAAUGGCGUGGGAGACAAAUGAAUUUCCGCCCUCCAAGCCAAGUGCAGCCGUCCUUCAAAACCAGAACCCAGGGCAUGAAGCUGGCCGAUCUGCCAAAUGACAUCGGCAUAUUACCGGGUACCUUUGUCCGACCGUUGUGGAGGGAUAUGCCUUCAGUUUUCACGGCACCGCGCGAUAGAUGGCAUAUGGAAUGGACAUGGCUUAAGGCCUGGUUGAGCAACCAUGCCAGUCUGCUCCAAUAUUGCAAGCGCGAAAACACCCUUCCACUUCUUCUAAGCAAGCGCCGCCACUUCGCCGCAAAGCUCCAGGAGGAUAUGUACACAGCAUUUGCCCAAGGCAACAUUCCUAAAAUCCGCCAGAUCUGCUGCGACAAUCUCGUCAAGCAACUCAGCACGGGUAUCGAACGCCGCCCGAAGAAUGAGCAAGUGACCUGGAAACUGGUGAAAUACCUGCGUAGGCCAAGCACAAACUUCACCGGCCUUCGCGUCAUUUCAGAUCGCGCCACAUCCAUCCCCGACAUCCCGAAAUCCGGUAUCCGUCAAAUUGUCGUGCGCAUCACGAGCCGACAGUCCACAACCACGACUCAGGUCCAGAGCACCAGCGCAAAGGAACCCACGGGAGACACUGUUUCCGCCAAGGAGCAGGACUGUGUCGAACACAUUGUCAUUCAGCAUCUCCGCUGGAACGACCAGGAUAAGGGCUGGAGAGUAUGGGGCCACAUCAGUCCCACCUCAUUGCAUGAGGCUUGGAAUAACCCCUACUUCAUGCCUGGCUUGUCGGCCCUCGAGCGUCUGGAUAUGAUCAAGGAAUCGAUGGGCCAGAAGUAA